ACCAUGCCCUGCUCCAGUGGCUCCACCACAUGAAGGAUGCCAACACAGAUCACUCGUUGGUAUCUGGUCCUGCAGCCCUUUAAAUCUGAGGUGGUCCACAGGCUCAGGGCACAGAUGGUGGUGGCAGAUUACCUCUUCUGCUGGGGAGGUCAGCUGCAGGCCGGACAGCUCCCCGGCCUGAGUCGAGCAGUGGGGGUAUGUGGCAGCGGGGGCAUGGUUGAGCAUCGGCUGUGAACGGCAAGGAGGCAGGUUGAACUAACAGGUAAUAUGUGAUGAGGUGCACUUGUGUCAAAUUACUGGCGGUCUGUUAAUCUGUGUCUCUGUGUGUCUUUCAGACAGUCAGGAACGAGAGAGAGCUGCAACACCCCGUCAUGUGUGUUUGUUUGUUUGGUGAAAAGUCACUGAAACGUGUGCAAAAAUAAAAGAACUCGCCUGUUCUGAAGCCUGCUUCCAAUUCCUCUGUUUCCCAAAAUCAUAAAUCUGUUACAACAUUGAUUGCAUUCUUUUCAGCAGGGGGACUUGAUUCAGAGUCUGGACUGAUCUCCUUCGGCUCCACCGUGUUAAAAGGAAGUGAAGCUUGCACACACACAUUUGCAGACAAUACAGAAACAGACGGGCACACCACCAAUGCACGUUUAAUCAACUUUACACUUUUUGAGUUUUCUCUGUUAUCAUUACCAACCUUUUUCUUAUGCGCACGGGCAUGGUAGCUUGUCAUUUACUAUCAAACUAAUGCUUAACAAAUAGUUCUCAUCAAAAGUACCUAGGAUAAGUGGACCCUCCGUCCAUCUGGCCAAAUUAUCAAUGAAAGGUUGCACAAAAUAGGCAGCAUGGUGGUGUAGUGGUUAGCACUGUCGCCUCACAACAAGAAGGUUCUAGGUUUGAGCCUAGUGGCUGAUGGGGGCCUUUCUGUGUGGAGUUUGCAUGUUCUCCCCAUGUCUGCGUGGAUUUCCUCGAGGUGCUCCAGUUUCCCCCACAGCUCAAAGACAUACAGGUUAGGCCAAUUGGUGCCUCUAAAUUGACCAUAGGUGUGAAUGUGAGUGUGAAUGGUUGUCUCUAUGUGUCAGCCCUGCGAUGAUCUGGCAACUUGUCUAGGGUGUACCCUGCCUCUUGGCCAUAGUCAGUUGGGAUAGGCUCCAGCUUGCCCGCAACCCUGCACAGGACAAGCGGUUAUGGAUAAUGGUGGAUGGUUGCACAAAAUAGCCAAAGUCCUUAUCAUACAUGAAUUGAUUUGGAGUCUUACAUUUGCUCUUAGACUGAUCACUACCACCCAUCUUGAUACACAUAAAACACAACACACAAAAAGAAAAAAAAACAAAAUGAGGAGAAUUUCCUUGGCAGAGUGAGGUAAAGUUUCAACAAAUUAUAAUAUUGGGAAAUAAUUUUUCUGCUUUGAGUGUACAAACUUCUCAACCUGCCUCUGAGAAUGUCACUGAGACCAUAUCCAUAGAGUAUAUGACAGUUUUAGGACACAUGUGACUGAGUAAGACUCAACAGCCCUCUUUUUCCCAGAAACAAUCGGAGAUAAAGAUAACUUGGGCAAAUCAGACAAAUCAAAUCACAGUUCCUUCCAGUUGGCCCUAGAAAACACCAUAGGGCUAUUUAUACAAUGCACGUAUGUGUGCAUUUGGGAUAACCAAAUCUCAGAUCUCUAGAUGGAAGAAGAGAAUCCAGGAUACUUAAAAAAAUAAUUUUCUUACCUUCCACGUGGAGAUCCCAAACGAGCCCCCCAAAAAUGAAUAGGUUUUGUCCGUACUGAAGGAGUAUAAUCUAGGAAUGUUGACCUCUGCUGCCUAGGAGAUUCUGCCUCAUGGAUAUCCGGAAGCAACAUUCACUGACGCAGACACAGCUGUUCAGCGAUGUUUCUCAGUUUAUUGAAAGACAAACAUGAGUAUAUAUCCACAUUCAAGAGUGUGUUGUAACUAAAUGAUUGGAAGAUGGGAUUUAUGAAGUGAAGUUAUCUGUGUAUGACAGGGUAACAUCAGUGGGUGAUGAAGCAUUACCUCACUGGUCAGGAUAACCUUAUGGAAACAAAGAGCAGAUGUGCAAGCGAAGAUAAGUUUCAAGGAUUUAACUAGAGCUAGCCAAAACAAGAAGCAAUCAAACCAGCCUGUUCCAGUUGCAAGCAUGCCACACAGAUAUACAGGAGCAGGCAGUGUGAAGAAUACAUAGAUGCCAAAAGAAAAAUGCAUGCGAACUGGAUGAGGUAUGUGAAUUGUGCCCGUAAUGAUAAUGAACAGAAUCUGGUGGCAUUUCAGUAUCGAGGGGAGAUUCUGUAUCGUUGCUGUCAACCCAUUAACCCAGGACAGGAGCUCUUGUUGUGGUAUGAAGAGGAGUAUGCCAAAGAACUCAGUCCGGCUUUUGACUACCUCUGGAACAGAAAGUGCUCCACGAAUGAAGUAAACAGCGCUCUGUUGCAAGUCUUUUCUUGCUUGGCAUGUCCUCUUUCCUAUGCAUCUCAAAUUUACCUAGACAAGCACAUACAGAGAUGCCACUAUGAAGAGUAUGCGAGACUGCAGGAAUCAGGAGAGAUUAAGUAUGAGCUUCAGGUCCCCACCAAAGGCUCCAAUUACCAGUCAACAUCAUCCGAUUCUCUCAGUUCUCACACUUCUCACAGUAAUAUACAGAAGGAAAUUCACCACUGCUCGGAGGGUGGAAAGAGUUUUGGUGAUCAAAAUUACUUCAGAAUCCACCAGUGCAGUAAAGCAGGAGAGAAGCAACAUUACUGCAUGCAGUGUGGACAAAGUUUCUAUCAGCGGAACAGUUUCCAACGACAUCAGCGUGUUGACACAGGAGAGAAGCCGUAUCACUGCUCACAGUGUGGAAAAAGUUUUAGUCAUCAGUGUACACUUGAACGACAGCACAUUCACACAAAAGAGAAGCCGUAUCAGUGCUCACUCUGUGGAAAGAGUUUUAUCCAACAGAGUCAUCUCCAUUUACACCAGCGAAUUCACACAGGAGAGAAGCCAAAUCACUGCUCACAGUGUGGAAAGAGUUUUAGUUGUCAGAGUGCUCUCCAGAAACACCAGCAAAUUCACACAGGAGAGAAGCCGUAUCACUGCUCACAGUGUGGAAAGAGUUUUUCUCAUCACUGUACACUCCAACGACACCAGCGUAUUCACACAGGAGAGAAGCCGUAUCAGUGCCCACUCUGUGGAAAGAGUUUUACUCAACAGAGUCAUCUCCAUCUACACCAGCGCAUUCACACAGGAGAGAAGCCGUAUCACUGCUCACAGUGUGGAAAGCGUUUUACUCAUCAGAGUCACCUCCAUCUACACCAACGCAUUCACACAGGAGAGAAGCCAUAUCACUGCUCACAGUGCGGAAAGAGUUUUACUCAACAGAGUCAUCUCCAUCUACACCAGCGCAUUCACACAGGAGAGAAGCCAUAUCACUGCUCACAGUGCGGAAAGAGUUUUACUUAUCAGAGUCAUCUCCAGCUACACCAACGCAUUCACACAGGAGAGAAGCCAUAUCAAUGCUCACUAUGUAGAAAAAGUUUUACUCAAAAGAGUCAUCUCCAUCUACACCAGCGCGUUCACACAGGAGAGAAGCCGUAUCACUGCUCACAGUGUGGAAAGAGUUUUACUCAUCGUAGUCAUCUCCAGCGACACCAGCGUGUUCACACAGGAGAGAAGCCGUAUCACUGCUUACAGUGUGGAAAGAGUUUUACUCAGCAGAGUAAUCUUCACCUACACCAGCGUGUUCACACAGGAGAGAAGCCGUAUCACUGUUUACAGUGUGGAAAGACGUUUACUUAUUCAGUUACAUUUAAAACGCACAAGUGCACUAAAUCAGAUAUUGCAUAAUUUAAUGUUGUCAGAUUAAAUAUGUUUAUUACGAUUUUGGCUAAAAACGAUUUGUAUUUCAUGCUGUAUUUUUUUCAUUUUAAUUACCUUUCUUGUAGAAUGCAAAAUGUGUAAGCUUAUAGUACUGUUUAAAAUAAGAUUAUUAAUGUUUUCUUUCACCUUUAAGUAGUUGUUGCAUGCAAUUUCAGUCAGAAGUAUACAUACAGAGACACGAAUAUCAUGAUAUGCUACCUGGGAGCGUUCUAUGGGGAAGGCCAGAGGUUGCAGCUCGAGGAUCAACAAACACUGAGACAAAAACGAUCUGCAAGUACCUGGUUCUCCAUUGUAGGGCUGAGGCGCUGGAAGUCUCGGUGCGUGGAGAAAGGCGGUGGCAGGAGCUUAAGUAGGAGAUGGCUGGGCAGGGGUAGGCACGGCUUGACAGCGCUGCAUCUGCGUGGUGAGAAGGUUAAGUGAGUUGAACAGGGUGGCGAGGUUCUGGGUAAUUUGUUGUAGGGCUUGUUGGUGGGUCCCGAGGAGAGUCACUUGCUGCUGGAUGGCCGUUCUCAGAUGGGCGAGUUCCGCUGGAUCCAUGUUGGCCAGAACGUACUGUUAGGAUUGAUGGAGGUGUGGUGAAGUUAGGAUCCAAGAGCAGAACACAGACAGUAAUCCAAUAAAUAACAUGAUUUAAUUCAGGGAAGAAAGGGUGUGGCAACAAGGUAAACAAAACUGUAGCAAAUCAGAAGCGAGCUUUUUGGUACCCCAAUGUUGUCACGAUGAGCAGCCAAUCAGCAUCAAGCUUUCAUACAGUGUAGCUGACGUGAUUGAAGGUCAAGCCAAUAAAGUCACCACAAGUACAUAACACAGUAAAAAGUUUAGAAGAACAUGAAAAUAACCACUGAUAACCAUAGGAAAGAAAAGGUUUUGGAAAAUAGGAAAUCUACUAUCAUUGUUGGUUGAGAAACUUUGUAAAGUAAUUGGCGCCAGGCUGAUCAUAGCCAGAUUUUGCACCAGGCACCAGCCCUGUGAUCCUUAUCCUUCACAGGUAACACUUCAUGGUUUGUGUUACAAAAAACAGUAAUAUGAUGUUAAAGUUUGACCUGUCUUCUGCAUUUUACUGCCUUGCUUCACUGCUAAUCACCCACAACCUCGUGACAUUCAAUGAGUGAAACAGAAAAUCUAAAGCUGUUUUCAAUUCAGCAAACCAGUCUCUACAAACUUAUCAACAGAUUUAUAAAGUAUUUGUGUUAUUUGCUGAAUAAAAGUUAUUGUUUGAGUAUUAGCUGUGUGAGGACCUGAAACCAGACACUAUAGGUGGAGGGACAUCAGAUUCAGAGGACCCCUCUGGGGACCAGCAGAACAGAGUCUAUGGAACUCAUACACUCACCGGCCACUUUAAUAGGAAAUUGUUCAUGAUUCUAAGAUUCCUGCUCUUAGCAGGCAGAAGUGGAACCCAAUGUGGUCUUCUGCUGUUGCAUGCUGAGAUGCUUUUCUGCUCACCAUGGUUGUAAAAAGAGUUGCUAUAAUCUAUCCUGGCAGCUCGAACCAAUCUGGUCAUUUUCCUCUGACCUCUCUUAUCAACAAGGCUUUUCCACCCACAGAACUAUCACUCACUCAAAGUUUUUUGUUUUUCGCACUAUUCUGUGUAAACUCCAGAGACUGUUGUAAGUGAAAACCCUAGGAGAUCAGCCGUUUCUGAAAUACUCAAACCAGUCCAUCUGGCACCAACACCCAUGCCACAGUGAAAGUCAAAGAGAUCACAAUUUUCCCCCAUUCUGAUGUUUGAAGUGAAAAUUAGCUGAAGCUCUUGAUUUGUAUCUGGAUGAUUUUAUGCACUGUGCUGCUGUCAAGGGAUUGCCUGAUUAGAUAACUGCAUAAAAUGGCAGGUGUUUUGGUGUUUCUAAUAAAGUGGCAGGUGACUGUA